CCAGUGAUUUUUGUAUUCUGUCACCCAAAAUCCAUAUCUCUACUGGGUAAUCAUCAAUUUUGAUCUUUGUAUAUGAAAUAUUUUUGAUUGUUUUUUACAGUGUUGGUGCUGGAGCUGGCAAGUUGUGGAAAUGGAGAAUCAAAACACAAGUGAUACUAAAACGUUUGAGAAGUUCACAUGGACAAUUCAGAACUUCUCUAAAUUGAAGUCUAAGAAGCUGUACUCUGAGAACUUCUUCCUUAGUGGCCAUCAAUGGUAUUUGAAUGAAUUCAUGUUUACUGUACACGCAUCUAUUUUGCUCUUUGACAUGAUUUUCGUUUGUGCAUUUUUGUGUGUGUAUGUUUUGGACUUUUCUUUUAGGCGGAUUCUUAUCUUUCCAAAGGGCAACAGUUUGGACUUCUUGUCAAUUUAUUUGGAUGCUGGGGAUAUUGCUAAUUUGCCUUAUGGUUGGAGCAAACUUGCAGAGUUCAAGUUCGCUCUAAUUAAUCAGGUCAAUGGCAAAAUGACAAUAACAAAAGAAACUGAACACCUUUUCAAUGCAGAAGAGAUUGACUGGGGUUUCAAAACAUUCAUACCUUUAGUUGAACUUUAUGAUUCUAGCUGUGGGUUUAUCGUGAAUGAUACUUGUAUAAUUGAGGCUGAGGUUUUUGUCGCCAAGUCAGAACAUGAGAAUCAAGUGGAUCAAGCAGUUAACAAGAAUGAUGUUUCAGCAGAGUCUACACAAGUUUGUGUUGAGACCAUUGAGCAUACUGGUAAUCCAUUAGGCAAGGAAAUGUGUUCAGCCUCGUUUGGUGAGCUCAUGGAUUUCAGGGGUUUAGGGAAAAUAGAAAAAGCUUUUGUUCCACUACUAGAUGAAGUAUGUUCACGGCAUCCUUCACUUAUUGAAUGUCAGCAGAAGAGAAGUCGUAGGUUUACUGAAUGGGCAUUCACAGCUUUGGGUCGAGUUCUACAUUUUCUUAAGACUAAAAAGGUGAAAGAUAUGGAUGAUGAUGCUUGUGAGCAUCUUCAAAUUUUAUGGGAGGAACUCGAGACAUUUAGAUUUGAUUUGUCCUGGCUGGAACCCCAUGUUCAAUCUGCUUUAGGUAUGAAAAGUUAUAUGGAGAGAGCUGUGCAGGUGAAAAUGAUGAAGCAGAAUGUGGCUGCUCUAGAGAUGGAAAUGAAGAGGCUGAAGGCACAGAUGGAUGCUGCAGAGGUAGAUAUUGAAAUAGCAAGAAGAGACUUGGUGGAUGCGGAAGAAGGCUUUGAAGAGAAAGAUUUGGAUGCUGAACUAGGAUAUGGAGGACCGUAGACUUGUGUCACUUAUUUAAGAAUUCACUAGAGCCAGACCAAAUAUAUGCAACCAUGAAUUGUGUAUGUAAAUAGUUGAAUAUGCAUCCAGACAUUGAUGAUUCUAUUGACUGUAAUGGUUUGUCUUAAAUUGUAUAUGACUCAGCUGCUUCAACCAAUGUGUCAAACUCGAGUU